GGGAGCGGCUGUCUGUCCGGCUGUCUAUUCGGGGGUCUCUGCUGCUCUCUUAUCACCCUGGACCCCCCCACCCCCAAAAUUCCGAGAGACAACCCCACAAUGCACGGCCCAGAAAUGAUCUACUGAAUGUGGGCCUGGACAAACCACUUAGGAUAUCGGCAUUGUCGCCUCCUGGCCCAAGAAGCUGACCUCAGAGAUAAGGAUACACCAUGGGGCGAUUCAGUGGCUUUCAUCUUUCUUUCCUGCUUAUCAUCUAUUCUUCUGUCAGAUCAGACGCGUCGCCGUACCCAAGCUUUACCGUAUCGGAUACAUCUCUGACUCACCUGGCUGUGCACAAGCACACGGGCGAUGUCUACAUUGGUGCAGUCAACAGAAUUUACAAGCUGUCCGAGAACCUGACAGAGUUGCGCUCCCACUUAACUGGCCCCAUCGAAGACAACUCCCGCUGCUACCCCCCGCCCUCCGUGCGCCACUGCACUCACAAGCUGUCCCCCUCGGACAACGUCAAUAGACUUUUGUUGAUCGACUACACGGGUAAUCGGGUGGUGGCCUGCGGGAGUGUAUGGCAAGGGAUAUGUCAGUUUUUGCGGCUAGACAAUCUCUUUAAGUUGGGCGAGCCCCACCAUCGCAAGGAACAUUAUUUGUCAGGGGCGAGAGAGCCAGACUCUAUGACUGGAGUCAUUGUAGAACAAGAUAGUGAGCUGAGUAAACUUUUUAUUGGCACAUCCAUUGAUGGUAAAUCAGAGUAUUUUCCCACCCUUUCCAGCCGCAAACUUUUGAAGAACGAAGAGAGUGAGGAGAUGUUCCGCCUGGUCUACCAGGAUGAGUUUGUCUCUUCUCAGAUCAAGGUCCCCUCAGAUACGCUUUCCCUGCACCCCUCCUUUGACAUUUAUUACGUGUACGGAUUUGUCAGUGGUGGGUUCGUCUACUUCUUGACUCUACAACUGGACACGCAGCAGACCUUACUAGAUGCUACCGGGGAAAAAUUCUUCACAUCUAAGAUUGUUCGAAUGUGCUCCAAAGACUCUGAGUUCUACUCUUACGUAGAGUUUCCUAUCGGAUGCACAAAGGAUGGGGUCGAAUAUAGACUCAUCCAGAGCGCGUAUCUAAGCCGACCUGGGCAAAAACUGGCCCAAGAGCUUGGGAUACCAGAAGAUGAGGAUGUCCUAUACACUGUCUUCUCACAAGGUCAGAAGAACAGAUCCAACCCUCCCCGUGAGUCCGUCCUUUGCCUCUUCACCCUCGGCCAAAUCAACAAGAGCAUUAAGGAGAGAAUCCAGUCUUGCUACCGUGGAGAGGGGAAGCUGUCUCUGCCAUGGUUACUCAAUAAAGAACUGCACUGCAUUAACACGCCUAUGCCUAUUCAAGAUGACUUCUGUGGCCUUGCCUUAAAUCAACCCAUUGGUGGUCUGAAAGUGAUCGAGGGGCUUCCGCUUUUUGAAGAUAAAACAGAUGGCAUGGCUAGCGUUGCAGCUUACAGCUACAAUGGGCAUUCUGUAGUUUUUGUGGGCACCCGAGCUGGAACUCUGAAAAAGAUUCGCGUAGACAGUCCAGCAGAUGCCAUCUUGUAUGACACAGCCGCUGUGGUGCCAGGAAAACCCAUACUGAGGGACAUGGUGUUCAGCCCCGACUGGCAGUCUGUAUACAUCCUCAGCGAGAAGCAGGUCAGCCGCGUUCCUGUAGAGAGUUGCCAGAGGUAUAAUACUUGCGGAGAAUGUUUGGGGUCCGGAGACCCUCAUUGCGGCUGGUGUGUGCUACACAGCAGGUGCUGCCGAGAGAGCGAAUGCGAGCGAGCGUCCGAGCCAUACCGCUUCACCAGUGACUUGACCCAGUGUGUGCGCCUGGAUGUGACCCCCAAUAACUCCUCUGUCAGCGUCCCCGAGCUGCUGCUAAAUCUUUCGGUGGAGAACGCCCCGGAUCUGUCGGCCGGCGUCACCUGUAUGUUUGGCGACUUGGCGGAGAGCGAGGCCGUACUGUGGGAGGGAACAAUUCAGUGCUCGUCGCCUUCGCUGCGCGACAUUCCCGGAAUCACCGGAGGACAAGGAGCUCUACACACCGUCCAGCUACAUCUGAAGUCUAAAGAGACCGGCCUGAGGUUCGCCAGCACCGACUUUGUGUUCUACAACUGCAGCGUCCUCCAGUCGUGCCUGUCCUGUGUGAGCAGCCCGUACCCCUGUCACUGGUGUAAAUACCGCCACAUCUGUACGCACAACGCCGACGAGUGCUUCUUCCUGGAGGGACGAGUUAACAGCACCGAAGGUUGUCCCGAGAUCAUCCCCACCGGCGAGAUCCUGAUACCGGUCGGCGUGGUGCAGCCCAUCACCCUGAAAGCCAAGAACCUCCCGCAGCCGCAAUCUGGCCAGAAGAACUAUGAGUGCGUCUUCAACAUCGAGGGCAAAGUUCAGCGCGUUCCGGCCGUCCGCUUCAACAGCAGCAGCGUGCAGUGCCAGAACACCUCGUAUACGUAUGAAGGGAACGAAUUCGGGGACCUGUCCAUUGACUUCUCCAUCGUGUGGGACGGACAUUUCUACAUCGAUAAACCUGCUUCGUUCAAAGCUCUGCUAUACAAGUGUCCAGCCCAGCGGGAUAGCUGCGGCCUUUGUCUCAAGGCAGAUCCGCGCUUUGAGUGCGGCUGGUGCGUCACGGAAGGAAAGUGCCUCCUGCGACAGUAUUGCCCCAACCCCAAAGCCAACUGGAUGCAUCUUGGAGCCAGAACUCAAAGGACUCGCUGUACCAACCCACAAAUCUAUGACAUCCAUCCAGUGACCGGUCCCAGAGAAGGAGGGACAAGAGUGACCAUUACUGGGGCCAACCUCGGCUUAUCCUCCAGAGAGGUGUGGGUGCAAGUAGCAGGGGUCCAGUGUUCGUCCGUGCCCUCGCAGUACAUCAGCGCCGAAAGGAUAGUGUGUGAGAUGGAGGAGUCGCUUGUUCCUCAACCUGCCCCUGGUGUCGUUGAGUUGUGCAUCGGAGACUGCAGCUCUGAGUACAGGACCCAGUCCAAUAAGCAGUACACCUUCGUGACUCCAACUUUUCAUGGUGUGAACCCUAAGCGUGGCCCGGCCUCAGGGGGCACCCAACUCACUAUCAGUGGUAAACACCUGGACGCCGGAAGCUCUGUAUCUGUUCUUAUCAGAGACUCCGAGUGCCGAUUUGUCAAGAGGAAUUCGCAUGAAAUUGUUUGCAUCUCCCCAGCCUCAUCUCAGGGCCCCAGCCCGGCGGCCAUCACUCUGAGGAUAGAUAAGGCCAGCAUAUGGAGCCAGGAGGUGAUAUACACAUACACUGAGGAUCCCACCAUCACUCGUCUGGAACCGGCAUGGAGUAUUUUUAAUGGCAGCACCGCCAUCACCGUCACCGGGACGCAUUUGCUGACCAUCCAAGAGCCCAAAGUUCGUGCCAAGUAUUCCGGCGUUGAGACAAUCAAUACCUGCCAGAUAAUGAACGACACCCUGAUGAUCUGUAAGGCCCCCGGUAUCUAUCCCUCCAAUGGCGAGAUGAUUCCUGAUGACGGGAUGCCGCCUGAUCAGUUUGGCUUCAUCCUGGACAACGUGACUAAUCUUCGGACCUUAAACUUUACCUCGUUCACCUAUUACCCCAACCCUGUGGUGGAGGCGUUCGGGUCUGGCGGAGUUUUGGAGAUUAAGCCGGGGUCACACGUCAUCCUUAAGGGAAGAAAUUUGCAGCCUGCUGCCCCUGGAGGAGCCAAGCUGAACUACACUGUACUGAUUGGUGAGGAACCGUGUGCUCUGACUGUGUCUGAUACCCAACUGCUGUGUGAUUCCCCCAGCCAGACCGGAGAGCAUCGGGUCACCAUUCUGGUUGGCGGAAUGGAGUUCUCCCCUGGAAGUCUUAGGAUCUACUCGGACAGUUCACUAACCCUGCCGGCCAUUGUGGGGAUCGGUGCUGGGGGAGGGCUUCUGCUUCUGGCCAUUAUUGCCGUCCUUAUUGCCUACAAAAGGAAAACUAGGGAUGCCGACCGCACGCUGAAGAGGCUCCAGAUGCAGAUGGAUAACCUGGAGUCCCGGGUGGCGCUAGAGUGCAAGGAAGCUUUUGCCGAGCUCCAGACAGACAUCCAUGAGCUGACCAACAACAUGGACGGAGUGAAGAUCCCGUUUCUGGAAUAUAAGACAUACGCCAUGCGGGUCCUGUUUCCCGGCAUAGAAGACCACCCGGUGCUGAAAGAACUGGAUAUCCCUCCGAAUGUCGAGAAAGCUCUGAGACUCUUCGGUCAGCUCCUGAAUAACAAGACCUUCCUGCUGACUUUUAUUCACACCCUGGAAAACCAGCGCAGCUUCUCCAUGCGGGACCGGGGGAACGUGGCCUCGCUGGUCAUGGUCUCCCUGCAGGGCCGCAUGGAGUAUGCCACAGUCCUCCUCAAACAGCUGCUGAGCGACCUAAUAGAGAAGAACCUGGAGAGCAAGAACCACCCCAAACUACUACUGCGCAGGACGGAGUCUGUAGCCGAGAAGAUGUUGACGAAUUGGUUUACUUUCCUCCUAUAUAAAUUCCUGAAGGAAUGCGCCGGAGAGCCGCUUUUUAUGCUUUUCUGUGCCAUCAAGCAACAGAUGGAAAAGGGACCUAUAGACGCUAUCACCGGGGAGGCCCGGUACUCUCUGAGCGAGGACAAACUGAUCCGGCAGCAGAUUGACUACAAAGUCCUGACUCUGAGCUGCAUUUGUCCAGACAGUGAGAACGGUACGGAGAUCCCGGUGAAGGUCCUGAACUGCGACACGGUCACCCAGGUCAAAGACAAGCUGCUGGAUGCUGUUUACAAGGGAAUUCCCUACACCCAGAGGCCAAAGGCUGAAGACAUGGACCUAGAGUGGCGCCAGGGACGUAUCACCCGCAUUGUCCUUCAGGAUGAGGACGUCACCACCAAAAUAGAGUUUGACUGGAAGAGACUGAACUCGCUGGCACAUUAUCAGGUCACAGAUGGUUCUACUGUGGCGCUGAUUCCCAAGCAAGUCUCCGCAUACAACAUCACCAACUCCUUCACCUUCACACGCUCCCUCAGUCGGUACGAGAGCCUGUUACGAACCUCCAGCAGCCCCGAUAGCCUUCGCUCCCGCGCCCCGAUGAUCACGCCCGACCAGGAAACCGGCACCAAACUGUGGCAUCUCGUAAAAAAUCACGACCACACGGACCACAAGGAGGGCGAUCGCGGCAGCAAAAUGGUGUCCGAAAUCUAUCUGACCCGCCUAUUGGCCACUAAGGGAACCUUGCAGAAGUUCGUGGACGACUUGUUCGAGACGGUGUUCAGCACGGCACACCGGGGCAGCGCCCUCCCUCUCGCCAUCAAGUACAUGUUUGACUUUCUAGACGAACAAGCAGAUAGGAGACAGAUUACAGACCCAGAUGUCCGGCACACGUGGAAAAGCAACUGCUUGCCGCUCCGUUUCUGGGUGAAUGUAAUAAAGAACCCGCAGUUCGUCUUCGACAUCCACAAGAGCAGCAUUACGGACGCCUGCCUAUCCGUGGUGGCCCAGACAUUUAUGGAUUCUUGCUCCACCUCCGAACAUCGACUCGGAAAAGACUCCCCAAGUAACAAACUGCUCUACGCCAAGGAUAUCCCCAAUUACAAGACCUGGGUGGAGCGAUAUUACAGGGAUAUCAACAAGAUGCCUGCGAUCAGUGACCAGGAUAUGGACGCCUAUCUAGUGGAGCAAUCCCGCCUGCACGCAAAUGAAUUUAACUCGCUCAGCGCUCUCAGCGAGCUCUUCUUCUAUGUGAACAAAUACCGGGAAGAGAUCCUCACCGCCCUGGAUCGCGAUUCCUAUUGCCGGAAACACAAGCUGCGACAGAAGCUGGAACAAGUUAUUAACAUGGUCUCCAGUAACAGCUGAAUCAUGUGAAGACUUUCCCCAUUUCUGUCCCUUGUUCUUCCCUCAACCUUAAACUCCCCAGGACCCCGAGAUGAAUCAGAAACUGAUAGGUAGGGGGCCCGCGAUUGGAGGCCAACAACUUUGAUCCGCAAGGUGACUUUGAAGGGGUGACGGGCAAAUGUGCAAAGCUAUGGCACUGCCGCAGAGACUCAACAGAAGAGCCACCGAUGGGACCUGUGCGACCAGCGCCGGAAUCUGUUAUUUUUUUUAUUUUUAUUUUUUGUACCCAGGUUAACAGCAGAUCUUUCACCAGCCAUGUCCCAUGGCAAUGCCCAUUUCUUACGUCCGCGUGACAAGGUGCCCCCGUCUUUCAGUGCCUUGUGCUUGGGAGAAGCAGAGCAGUGACUGCACAGUGAACCAGGUUACAUCUCUGCAUACUCCUUGGGGGGGGGGACCGCUGCGUCCUCGCUGACCGACUGACCCCUCCCCCCCUCUCUCGUCCCCACAGACUGUCUGGACUCCCUCGCCAAUCAGGAGCUAAAUAUACACAGUGAGGACAAUUCUUGACUUGGUAAAGUGAAGCCAUAUGACUGAGGGACACCUGCCCCCCUCCCCCAUCCCCUGUGUUUGUGACGCUCCACUAAUAAUCUCAGUGCACUAUUGUACCCCCCUCCCUACCCCCAAUUUAUUGCUGCUCCUCAUAUGUGUUUUCAGUGCAUCCCCCCUUUUUCAACAGCAGGUGGAGCUACUACAUAUCUGUGACGUGAAAUGAAUGGGGGAUCCCCCCGGAUUAGGUUUCAUAGGUAGGAGGGGGAACCCCCUGUUAUGUUAUGAGAAUUUUGUGCCAUGCGAUAUCAGUGCCGUAUUGUUUGCGGAAGAUGGCGGAUAUGUGAGCGGUGUGCGGGCGGUGUACCCGCGUCUCCUCCUCCUCCGUCCUACGCUCCCGACUGGAUACAGGAAACGCAUUUUAUGCAGGGUUACAGAGACGCUUCGGCACCAUGCAAUAUACUUAUUUUUUUUUAAAUAUUUUUUUUUAUUAGAAUUUUUUUUUCUUUUUUUUCUUUUACAUAUGGCGUCCUGAUUUUAACCCUUCAGUUUUCACUCACCCGGGAGCACAGGUUGUCGCUCCCCCCCCCCCCCCAAUCCCUUUGUGUUGUGUAUAAAGCCGUCUGUAUCGGGGAAGCGUCCAUUCCAGGCUCUGGUAUCUAGACCUUGGUGGUUUUUUUUUAAUAUUUAAUUUUAUUUAUUUAAUUUAUUUCUGUCGUCUUCUCCUCCUCUGCUGCAGAGUGUGAACAGCGUUUUAUACAGAAGCCGUCCUCGGCGGAGAGGUGCGAGUGCAAUUGUGAUUGUGGAAAGCAAAAGUAUUUUUUUUUUUUUUUUUAAAAGUGACCCUGAUAAAUCCCCCUUUAACCCUUAAC